UGCAUCUUCCCAGUUUAUGUUGUAGUUAUCUUCGAAUGUCGCAAUUCCAUUAUUUUUAUUUAUGAAACAGUGACUGGAAGAGAUUACAGUUUUGAUGUUAAUUGAAAAACGCCAUUUAUUUAAGCACUAUUGUUGUUGUUGACUCUGGAAAAAAUUAGUUCAAAUGAGUUUCUAUAGUGUUAUGAUAAACAUUCUCUUCGCGUUUGGGUAAUGGCGUCUCAAAUCCAUGUAAGCGAUGGGCAAUAUUCUGGCGAAACAACAAGCGAAAAUAUUGACACUAAUGUUGUGUAUACAGCGGCUAGUUUUGAAUUAUGUGAAAAAGUAUCAUUAGAUGAACGUUUAGUUAAUUCUGUGACCAAGUUAAGGACGAUUCAGCCUCUCGGCAAUGAAUUUCACCAGUGUAAUGAUGCUGACAUAAAAGCUGAAAGUUGCUCUGAUCCAAAAAUUGAAGAAACGAGUUAUCAGAACAUUAAUUUUUCAAAUGUCAAUAGGCAUAACAAAUUUCAUGUCAAACAUGAUACAACAAAUGAAUGUGCUAAGUUAGAUGAAAAUAAAAGUAAUAAAAUUGAAACUAAAUCAGUACUUGAAUCAGCGACUGUAAACAUGUCUGCACUCAUUCUGGAUCAACCAGCUAUCAAAACAGAGCAUGCUGAGAAGAUAAUCAAUCAAAAUACUGAGAAUGACAAUUUGAUCUCUUCUUUAGUAAAUAUUAAAGAAUCUAUUGUCAGAUCUAAAACAACGUACAACAACUCCUCAGAGCCAAGUGUAAUAGAAAACUAUAUUGAUAAACCCCAAAUAAAGACUUACAAAGUUUCAGUAAAAGAAGAAAAUACCGAAAACCCUGCAGUUGGUAAAACUGAAAAACAUAUUAAAACUGAAUCCGGUGCCAGCAGUGUUAAGACAGAAGUUAUAAAAAAUGAGUCGAGUAGUAAAAGCAGUAAUUCUCAUCACCACUCUCAUCGAUCGAGCAGCGACAGGAAGCAUCAUAGUUCAAGGCAUCAUAGCAAACAAAGCUCAAAUCAUUGCAGUCGAUGUUAUAAACGAUCAAAAAUAAAACUAGCUAAUAUAGGUGUACAGUGUAAACGUGAUAAGGAUGUGAGCAGUAAAGUAUCGAAAUGUAGUGUACCGAACAGUAAUUUAAGUGAUCCAUUCUCACAAGAAAAAAAUACAGAAAUUCUUGACUAUAAUAGUUUUAUAAAAGUAGAACCAUACCCAAAUGGUGGAGCAACGGUUGUUCAUAUGUAUCAAGAGGACAUUGACAAUUUAAAUGAUCAGCAAGUGCAAGAGUUGGCUACAGAAUUUUUUAGGAUAGUUUUUAGUGAAGACGAAAAUCUGAAGGCUCAUCAUGUAAUGGGAAUUGUUCACAAUGCCGCCUCAUAUCUUCCAGACUUAUUAGAAUACAUGGCUGAACAUCAUCCUAAUCUUACAGUCAAAAAUGGUUUUUUAGCACGAGGAUCUGAUAUUGAAACUUGCACAAUGAGCCAAUAUCAAGAAAAUGUUGUUAAGAGUUACUGUAACGGAACUAUAAGAUUCGGUCCCUUACAUCAAAUUAGCUUAGUAGGCACAGUUGAUGAGGAAGUUGGUGGUUAUUUUCCGGACCUGCUGGCCAGACUUGAAGAUAAUCCUUUUUUGCAUAUGACAAUGCCUUGGGGUCCUUUAUCUGCAACAAAUAUGUCACCAGCAGACUCCAAUGACGGUCCAAUUUUAUGGAUUCGUCCUGGAGAACAACUUGUUCCUACUGCUGAAUUAGCUAUUAAAGGAAGUGCACCAAAAAAAGGAAGAAGGGGAAUAAAUGAAUUGAGGAACUUGCAAUAUUUGCCUAGGAUGUCAGAAGCUAGAGAGACUAUGUUUGAAGAUCGAACAAAAGCUCAUGCUGAUCAUGUGGGUUUGGGUGUAGAACGUAUGACCACUGCGGCAGUAGGAAUUUUGAAAGCAAUUCAUGCAGGACAACCAAGUGAUCUAAAUAGAAUAACUAAGGACGUGGUAGCAUUUAGUGCCAAAGAUUUCAAUUAUCUUGUUGGAAAGCUGCAGCUGGAUUUACAUGAGCCCCCUAUUACACAAUGUGUUCAAUGGUUGGAAGAUGCGAAAUUAAAUCAGUUACGAAGAGAAGGUGUAACUUAUGCUCGUAUACAACUAUGUGACAAUGACAUUUAUUUCUUACCCAGGAAUAUAAUACAUCAAUUUCGCACUGUGUCUGCUGUUACAAGUGUUGCAUGGCAUUUACGUUUGAAGCAAUACUACCCUGGUGGUACAGAAUGUAAUAAUUCAGCAUCUGGCCAAGUACCAAAUGACACAUCUUUAACAUCAAAUAAAAAUAUUGAACAAGUUAGUACAAUAGAAUAUGGUAUUACACCUCAACCAAAAUCAGAUUCAAAACAUAAAUAUACAAUAUUAGAUAUUAAAAAAUUGUCUAGUAAAAAGAAAGAAAAUGAUAAAGAUUAUAAUAAACACAAAUUUGAUGAGAAGGUCCGAACACAUAAAUCAGAGCAUACAAGCCAGGAAAAAAAAUAUGAUAAAAAAACAGAUAGAGAUAGACAUGAUAGAAGUAAAUUUGAUAAGCAUGAACAAAAGAUAGAUAUGCGAAAAUCUAACUUGCUGAAUGACAUAGGAAAAAAGUACAAUAUUGAUUCUCAUAAGAAACCUUGUUCUGAUAGUAAGGGACAUAAAAAACAUAGGAAACAUCGUGAUAAGGAAGAUAAAAAUUCUUCUCAAAGUAAGAGUGAAAAACGCGAACAGAGAAGAGACUAUUGUAAUUCUGAUGUCUUAACCAAGAGUUUAAAUAAAUCAGAUAUUGCAAAUCAAAAUUCGAUAAAAGAAUAUAAACAUAAUAGUGUUAAACAAAUAAAUGCUGAAAAUACAUGUGUAACAUCAAAUAAGGUUCAUCAUUCUGAUGUGCUGAAGUCUAAAGAUGAGAAGAGAGUUAAUUCGGUCGAAGACAAAGAAAUAAAAGUACAAACUGAAGAAUCUAGUUUAACUCAGAAUACAUCACAUACACAUACACAUACACACCAAGAAGUAAGCCCAGUGAAAAACUUAAUGAAGAUACAAAUACAAAAUCAACAAAGUACCCAGUAUUAUCCCAGUGUUAACUCAAAAGAUGAUUUGAGUGCUUUUCCUUCAUCACUUAAAAGAAAAAAGAGUCCUUUUAGUUCUACAGAAAAUGAGGAAAGUUGUGUACCCUCAAAAAAGAAACAAACCUGUGAUUAAUAUAUUUUAUAUUUAUACAUGGGCAAUAAUGUUUCAUGAAGCAAUAAUUACAUUGAGGGUUUAGAAAUGUGAUCAGUCUCUUCAAUAGAAAUUGUGCUUUAUGAAUUGCAUUAAAAGAAAGACUUUUUUAUCUCAUUUCAUAGUUUUGAGUGGAGUUGGUUAAUGUUCAAUGAUCCUGAUGAUAUAGUUUUAUAUAAGUGUGACGAGGCAUUUAAUGCUAGCUUUAUCCUUAGUUUACUCCUUACAGUUCAACAUUCAAAUUAGAAUAUGUGAUACAUAGAAUUUAUUUAUAGAUUUGAUUUUCUUCAUUACAAAAAAAUGAAAUUACUUGUUAAUUUUGUGCAUUGAAACAAAUAGCUAUUAAAAAUAUAGAAAAUAAUGUCUAAUUGAAAUGAGAUAGAAGAUAGGGUGAUAUGAAAUAUGAUAUGAUAUGAAAUGAAUUAAAUUUGAAUGAAA